AUGGGCUCUAUCAUCUCGUCCUGCGUGGAAUCUCUACCACCCCUGGUUGACUUCUUCCCUCCUACACCAGAAGCGUACGCCGUUCUUCUCAAUGGCUUCCAGUACUUCCCAGUUUUUACCCUUAUUCAAUGGCUUCUCUCUUUCUACCCUGCCGGCAAGAAAUCCAUGAACUCCUGUUUGAACUUUCCUGGUCGUGUUGGCUGGGUCAUCAUGGAGUUGGUGGCACCGAUUAACUUCCUCUUCGUGCUCUGGAAACUGCCACAGACGCUCGACAUUGCAUCUCUCCCGCUCAUCAAUAAGCUGGUCGGGUCUCUGUAUGUCAUCCACUAUGCCAAUCGAGCUGUCAUCUCGCCUCUGUUCGCUGCGCCGAGUAUGUCGCCUAUCCAUGCUCUUGUCGUGUUUGCGGCGGUUAUCUUCAACUGGGUUAACUCCUCCUGUAUUGCGUCGUGGGUGGUCGGGUACAACGUUUCUACCAUUGGAUACAAGACGGACGGGGGCAUCCCAUCAUCUCCCCAGGGAGGGUCGGGAUCGGGGUACCUCCCAUACUUGGGUCUGGUCCUCUUUUUCACUGGCAUGAUUGGCAACAUAUACUCUGAUCGAACUCUAUUCCGUCUUCGUCGCGAAGAAGCCGAUAGACGAGCGGCCAAGGAGGAUCUCGACCAGAACAAAAACGACAGCAACAAUGGCCAGUCCACGAACAAAUACUUCAAAGUCUACGUCAUUCCUCCUUGCCAGGGCGUUUUCCGGUCCAUCCUUUACCCAAACUACGCUUUUGAAUGGAUCGAAUGGCUCGGUUUCAUUCUCGUUGGCACAGCAAUCUUUCCAGCCCGUCUUCCAUCUGCCAUUUCCUCCUCGCCUUCCUACUCAACUCCUCCAUUCAGACUUGCACCCUGGCUUGUUCCUGCCGCUGUCUUGGCGGAGAAAUUCAAUGUGCCUCUGUCUCUACCCGGCUUGUUGUUUCUUGUCAAUGAGAUUUCUACUAUGUUGCCUAAUGCUCGUUGGGGUCGGAAGUGGUACGUGGAGAGAUUCGGAGAGAAAGCUGUCGGUGGAAGAGGUGCGGCUGUUCCGUGGUGUUCUUGGUUGUGA